GCUAUCAUCGAUCAUUUUUGGGAGAACUGAACAAAAUGAGGCAAAUUAGAUUCAUGUGCGAUGUGACUAUCAGAACAAGUGAAUGAAAUGCUUGCGAUAAGUUUGCUCUGUACAAUGAAAUGCUUGCGAUAAGUUUUAAUGCUUUUAAUUAUUCUUUGUUUUUUGUGUUUCUCAGUUGAAAUUUGAAAAUUGCGUGUACUAUUCAGGGGUCAGUUCAUAUUGAAUUCAGAAGAUUACCAUUAGGUUUUCAAAUUUUAGACAAGUUGAAACAUCUAUUUGCUUCAAAAAUAAUUGCGGUGCAUGAUUCUGAAAUGGCGCCACCAAUCCCAGAAUUGACUUCAUGCGAUGCGACUCCCGUAGUGGUCGAGUCAUUGCAACCAUCAAGUGAUGAGAAAGUAGCCCAUGCAUCUGAAAAUCACCAUCGAUCAUUUUUGAUAGAACUGAACAAAAUGAGGCGAAUUAGAUUCAUGUGCGAUGUGACUAUCAGAACAAGUGAAUGCUCGAUCAUGGCUCACAAACUAGUCCUAUCUGCAUGUUCAUCAUACUUCAAGGCUAUUUUCACAAAUAAAUUAUCCGAGGGACACAACAAUAUAGUAACUUUGAAUGAUUUUGACUCGGCAGCUGUAGAUGCUUUAAUAGACUUCUGCUACACAGGAUCUAUAGUGGUGGAGAGGACGAAUGUGCAAGUACUUUUGCCUGCCGCUUGUCAUCUCAGGAUCGAAGAGGUGUUGGACGCGUGUGGGGAAUUCCUGCAGCAGCAGCUGGACCCCACGAACUGUCUGGGUAUCAUGGCAUUUGCGGACACCUACUCCUGUAGACAUCUAGUCCAAGCGUCAGACGACUACAUACACGAUAACAUACAGGAGGUCAUGAAAGAAGACGAAUUUCUACUACUGUCGAAAGACCAGCUAAUCGAAAUUACUGCAAGUGAUGAUUUAAACGUAGAAAACGAAGAGGAUUUGUUUCAUGCAAUCAUCCAAUGGGUCAAGUAUGACGCAAAAAGCCGGCAAUUUUUUUUAUCAGACGUCCUUUCGCAUGUCAGAUUUUGCGUAAUGUCACCUAAGGCUUUGAUCCGAGUAAGUUCAGACGAUCUUGUGAAACAUGAUGAUUCUUGUCGCAGUUUGAUCGAUGAGGCAAAAAACCAUCUGCUGCUGCCUAGUGAAGAAAAGUCGGAUGGACCUAGAACGAGGCCUCGAAAGGCGCAGUUGAAGCGUGUAGGUGAUACUUCAAUUCGUCAGUCAUUGACCUCGCAUGGGGAUUUUCAUUCGUCUUCGAAGAAAGCCAAGCCACGUGAAAUGUGCAGAGAUUGGGCGUGCGCUCGAGUGUAUUUGUUCACGAUUAAGCAAUGAAUGAUGUAUGCAAGAGAGCAAAGGUUAGAGGUCACAACGGCCAUUAUGUAGAGUCGAAUGGGCUCAAAUCAAAGUUUUGCCACAUCAAGUCUUCUGGAAACCUAUAGGCUCUGAUGAACUAUGUCGACAAUUCACGUAUCGUAAAUAUUCAUAUACGCCAGCAUCCAGCGCAACCAGAAUCGCCAGAAAAACUAAGUAUCGUUUAUUUAUUGCGUCAAAGUUUUGUUCAAAUCAAAACCCUUAGGAGAGAUCAUAGUAUGGGCAAAUCCGAAGUGCUCGUGCUGUAAAUACAUUCAAUUUUCAAAGUAACUGAGCUCUCAAUCCCAGCAGUGACUUUUCAGAAAAUCCUACGAGAGAUGCUGAAGAGCAUCCUGGUUUUCUGUUAGUCAUUGCUGCCGCGAGCGACUCAUGAAAAUUGAACUGAAGUUGAUUUGUUCAGCACAUCGCAUGAUUGUUUGGUUAUAUUAGAGACAAAAAACAAAGAUCUAUGCUAUGUGCCUCUGCUUAUGCUCGUAACUUACGCGAGGAAACUUUACAGCCCAGAAAAUAAAGUAAAAAAGCGCCUGAGUAUAUUAGCGUUUCUCGGUAAAGAUCUGUACUGCUCGUGUUUCUAGUUUUUUUUAAUAGGUUUCAAUAUUGUCGCGAUAAAGUUUAAUUUCAGAGUCUGGAUAAUAAUUGGGCUGAUAAGAUUUUUGAAGUGUUAGUGAACGAAGUGAAUAAACUAUGUUUUUCCAGCUAAACUUUUGCGCUCUUUUUUUGAAUUUUAAAAGCAAAUAUAUUUUUUUGAAUUUUGUUAUGAAUUCUGAUUUCUUGCCGGGAUUAUAUGCCUUUUUCUAUAAACACUUACAUUUCAUUUUCAAUUUUGAGAAAAAAAAUUCAGCGUUGUCAUAUGGUAAUGAAACUUGGCAUAACGGACAAAUUAUUUAUUCUGAAAUCGUUCUUCGUCCCGUGCAAUAUGUGUUCUUCGUGUCGUUCACAAAUUUAGCCAUAAUUACAUGAAUAAAUAAUUUGAAAAUGAAAAAUUUGCAAUGUGGGUUAUCCGUUUUUUCUGAUUGAUGAUCUUCUAAUGGACGGCCGAUUACGCUCUCCAAAUGACAAAAGAGCUAAUUGAGGGAAAAAUGAGGUUGAGCUUGCCUUUUAGUUUCAAAAUUGAAUAUAAGAAUUUUCAGCCAGAUAAAAAAUCUUACUGAUUCAGUUUUCUGAAUUAAUUUGAAUUAGUUCUAUCAAUGAUGAAAGAUUCUUGAAAUUCAAGACCCUUAAGCUGAUGCAAAUAUUGUAGCGCAAAACCUGAAAGGACAGUAAAAUUGGAAUAAAUCGGUAGAUUUUUUUUUGUUUUUCUUGUUAACAGGUGGCCUCCCUAACUAAAACUUGCUGAAUUUAUGCUGGUUAUUACGUCCAAUAAGGUGGUGUGAACUGAACUCCCGUACAAUCUUCUUCGAAGGCUGUCUGAGAACAAAGAGUUGAUGCCUGAACAAAUGAAAGUAUUCCACCCAUGUCACUUGAAACACCAGUCAAAUUGGACGAACAGUAGUAUCAAUAGCCGAUAUGAUUGUGGACCACAAAACAGCUUUUCAUGAAACAUUGUACCUCAAAUUGUGGAAGAACCACACCAGAGUAGAAUGAUCAGAAACAAGGGAAAAACAAUAUUUGUUUAUGACCAGUUGAACAAAAAUAUGAUGAAAAAACUUCGACCUGAAGCAUUAGAGAGUUUGUAGCCUUCGUAUCAAAUAUGAAAAACUUCAUUGCGAAAUGCAGUAUAAUCUCGAAGAAUUGGUUAAAAAAAAUGAGAAAAGCAAUGAAUUAUUGAAUUGAA